GAAGAACGUGGAAGUAGCGCCGAAGUUUGCAGAGAGCGGUAUACGGUAUACCUGAGAACCUGGCGUAAACAUUUUUUCCUCGAGUAAUUUAAACUUCGUUCAGAAUGGACGUUCCUACGCAGAAUUCCCACCUGGAGGACGAGUUGAGCUGUUCGAUUUGUUUGGAGCUUUUUUCCCGGCCGCUCGAACUGCCCUGCGGACACAACUUCUGCGCGGUUUGCCUGGAUCGGUCGCUGGCUGUACAGCGGCCGCCGUAUCGCUGCCCGGAGUGUGGAUGGGAGUCGACAGAAAAGCCAGUCGGGCGCAACAACUUCAAGCUUAGGAGUAUUGUGGAGCGUUACGGAAUCUCGUUCACUCAGUGCGCGGAAGGGUCAAGACGCAACUGCACGGAGCACGAAGAUCCGCUGAAGUUGUACUGCGAAGAGUGCAAAAGCUGCAUUUGUGCUGUAUGCGCCGUCGCAGGGAUUCACAACGGCCACAGUAUGGUGCCGUUCAGUAAAGCAGACGCACAAGUACAGUGUAAGUUGGCAGAGAACCUUGAGAUCAUCAAUAGUAAAGUGGAAAUGUGUAACAGCUAUUUGCAGCAAUUCCAGGAAGACGAAGGUGAUGUUAGGAAGUAUUUUGAAGCUGUGAGGCAGAAGAAGAGAAACUGUGUGGACAAACUUCAGCAGCUGCUAGAGGAUUUUAAAGAACAGAUCGAGGCAUGUGUUAUAGCUGAGGAGGAGGUUACAUUGCGGAAAAUCAAUGCCAAGCUUAGAAAUUAUGGAAGGCAAAAAGAAGAACUAACAGCAAUUCAGGAAAGCAUUAAGAACAAUAUGGCUGAAAAAGAUCAUUUUCUGUCCAUCCAGAAUUUCCUGUCAUUGGAAGAAAGAAUUGCAGGAGCUAUCCAGGAAGAUCCUCCUAUACUCCCAGGAACCCCAAUAAAAGGGAAGACUCCAGUCCAGCUCUGUGACAAGCAUUUUGAACAUUUCAAGGCAGAAACAGAAAAACUGUAUCAAAUUCUACAAAAUUUAAAGCUGAAAUGGCAAGGAUGCCCAUAUCUGACAUUUGACCCAAAUACUAGUUCACCCAAGCUGCUUCUGUUGGACAACAAUAAAACUGUAGAAGGAACUAAACAAAACAAUUCAUAUUCUGAUCAUCCAAUGAGAUUUGACUUCCAUCCGCAGGUGCUAUGCAUCCAAAGCUUCUCAUCUGGCUGCAAUGCUUGGGAAGUAGAAGUAUUAGAAGCUGGAAACUGGGCAAUAGGUGUUGCAACUAAAAAAAUGCCAUUGAAAGGUUGGGACAAUUGUUCACUUCUAGGUUAUAAUGCUGACUCCUGGUGUCUCUACAAUGUUUUUGGUAAACUUGCGGUGUGGCACAAUAACCAGAGGAAAACGCCGGUCCAGAUACAUCCAGUUCAUCGUAUAAGGGUUCUUCUGGACUUGGAUGCAGGUGUCUUGUCUUUCUAUCAUGCAUCAUCCACUCUGGAACUUUUAUACACUUUUAAUGAAAAGUUUACAGUUUCAUUGUUACCUUGUUUUUGGCUUGGUGCGGGCACCAAACUGGCUCUUCGGCAAGUGACAAAUAUUUAAAAUAAGAUGUUAACUGUACAGUUCAGUGUGCUUAGCAACUGAAAUCAGAUUGAUAUAAUAUUUUCAAUGAUGACUGAUUAGUAACAAAAUACACAAAGUGUAGGUUGGGGAGUUCAGGACUUUUUAAAAAAAACAUUUUAGUACGAGGAUCAAGUUGCAAUAGUGUCAUUAAAAUAAUUUAUGCUGUUCAGUAUUACUACAAUGUCCUCCUAUCCUUCACAAGCUCAUGCAUUAAUCUAAAUCUUUCCUUUGCCAACAACUGACGCUCAAGCAACCAUACUGAACCGAAGUAUGGAGCUAAACUGUUUGACUACACAAGUAAUCAAUAUACAUCUUUAAAAAAAGAAUCAUUUAAGUGUUGCCAGUAGUGAUGUACUAUUUUGUUUAGUUUGAGCAAGCUGUUUUUUAAUUUUAACUUUUAAAAUAAACGUAGUGCUUUACAAAAGGGAUCUGUAGGGGUUUCUGACUUUUCAAAACCUAAGGCACUGCGCGAGUAUACAUGUGAAAAUAGAGAAUGUGCGUAAGAGUGAGUAAAUAUUUUUUAAUGUGUCCCUUUAUCUUCACCAAUAGUGGCCUUUCGCACAUUGUUUGCUCUUAAGAAAAUAAAUUUGACAAACGAGGAGAUCUCUCAGCCUUUUAGGCUUGUUUGUGUAGCUAAUAGCUAAUGUAUCCCAGUAUGCCAUCCAGAUCCUUUGUAAGGGUUGUCAAAAGUUUCUGCUUCAGCUACCUGACACAGUAGUUUGUUCCCGAUUCUCACAAUUCUGUGUAAAGAAGUGCUUCCUGGCUUCAGUCUUAAAUAUAUUUCCCCUUAAAACGAAAACACAAGCCACACUAUUAUGCCACCUGCUUUGUUAAUGCAUUCAUAAAUCAUGCCCUUUCAUAUUACUGUUAGAAACUGAAAUUUUAGGCCAAGUGAACUUUUCUAAAUUCAUAAAUCAUGCCCUUUCAUAUUACUGUUAGAAACUGAAGUGAACUUUUCUAAUUUCAGUGUUCAGCAUUUGAGUUGCUUUGCCCACGCCAGGUGGUCCUUCUUGUUUUUUGUUCACAGAAAGUAACCCUUUUGGAUUAACUCUAGUGUACCAGAAUGUGCCUUUUCAUGUACCUCUUUAUAUACUUCUUUUAGUUUGACUCUAAGUAGACUCCAUGUAGCCUAUUAUAAACCCCUUCCAUCAGGGUUUUUUUCUUUCUUUCUUGUGUUGACCUUUUUGACACAUCUGUUCCACAAUUGUGCACUAAAACCCCUUAGGGUUAAUUUUUCUGAUACUUACAUUGGAAUGUGUGAUGCCCACUACAACGCCAGCUUCAAAGCUGUUUAAACUUAAUUUUUGUUCAUUCUUCCUCUGAGUUACACAAACACCCCUAGCCUGUUUGUAAUUGCCUACCUGCUUUAAAUUUUGAUACCUACACAUACAGUGUAACUGAUUGAGUGCGAAAAGUAUGUGUGUGUGUAUUCACUUGUGUGGAGAUCACUCGAGAGUGCAGUGGUGAAAUGGGCAUUUGCUCACUGACUCAUCUCAUGUGGGUAGAAUAGAGGUAAGAUGACGUUUGUUACUAAAAUAUUUGCACAGCUCACAAUUAUUGUGAGUGCUGACUGGCUGAUAUACUAUAUGAGGAAUUUUGUUGUAGCCAUAUGCUUCCUUAGGUGUUCACUCACACCUUUUGCUAGGCAUGUAUUGCAGGGUAAUGGGGCUGAAUCAAGACCAACCCUUCUGACAACUGUAAAAGGUGUCCUGACUUCAGGAAGGUUUGAAGUGAUCAUCUUUGUAGGUUAUCUUGUAAUCUGAGGUACAUGGCGAUUUAUCAUUACCUCCAUGGUUUAUCACAGGCCAGUCAGAGGCACUUUAAUUUCUAAUUGUAAAUGUUUAAUUUACAGUUAAUUUUUACGACUAAAGUAUAGAGUGUGUUUAGGAUAUCAGAUAUGAAAGACUGAUAACCAAUAAGAGUCGAGUGCAAGGACAUAAAUAAACAUGGCAGUAAAGAAGGGAGCCUCUUUCUCCCAAAUAAGAAAGACUUUUUGAUUUUUCAUUACACGAUAAUGCACAAUCAUAGCAAGUUGCACUUGUCUGUCAUCUGCCAUGUUUGUUUUCAAAUCACCUUAUUUGUAAGAAAUUCUGUGAGAUGCUAACUUUGGAGUCUGGACUCUCCAAAUUUUGAGUGUAAAUGUGCAAUUUUCUUUGUGGACAUUAUCAUGUAGUGUGUGUGCUCUAAUAACUAAAGACAGACUAGAGGAAGAAAACAAACCUGUUUCAGGAUUUCUCAUAUUCCGCAUCGGUAUGAUUUUAGCUGAUCUUCUAAGCUGUUCCAGGCAUUAGACGAACUAUAAAUGAGAUUGAUAUCAUUCAUUCCCAAAGACGUGUUCUUGACAGGUUUGGUUCUUACUGCUCACAUUCUGUUUAUUAUGAAUUAAAGGAUGCCUGAACAAUCAAGGUACAGAAAGUCAAGGGUUUUAUUGAAUUUGUUGAUGGACUCUGAUGUUUGCCACAGAACAAUCCAUAAGGUGUAUUACAACUGAAAAAAACUAUGCUGAAAUACAUAAAACAUGGAUGGUCGAAACCUGCAAAAUUUAGUGCCAAGCAACAUAAACACACACUCCAAAAAUUCUUGUGAUUCUCUCUUUUGUUUGUUUAGUGAAUUAAGACAAUCAUGACCCCAUUCAGAAGAAUGGUUCUUUUUUUUUUUUAUGCACAGAUCAAAUGUAUACAUAGCCAGGUAGGUGCAAGAAUUUGGGGUGAAUAAUCCUGUCAUUAAACAAAUGCCAAAUUGAUAUUGAUAUUGGUAUGUAUGUAUGUAUGAAUGAAUGAAUGUCCACUAUCUUUUGGUAAUGAAAUGUAUUAUCAGUUUUGUAUUUAAUGUUUUGUAACCUUGUUUGAUUUAUAAAGUGCCUUAUGAUUGAGCAUGUCAUUAAUAGCAGUGUAUUAAAUAAAGAUUGAUUUCACUGUCUUACGUUUAA